GCAAAUCCCGGGCGAGUUCAGACGUAAGCGUCCCGCCCUCCUCAGGCUCCGCCCCGCGAGCUCACGUGACCGUGGGCGGAGCGCCGGACCGCCACGGGUUGAAGGAGUCGGAGUCAUGGCGGGGCUGGUGGACUUCCAGGACGAGGAGCAAGUGAAGUCAUUUUUGGAGAACAUGGAAGUGGAGUGCAACUACCAGUGUUAUCGCGAGAAGGACCCGGAAGGUUGCUAUCGGCUGGUGGACUAUUUGGAAGGGAUCCAGAAGAAUUUUUAUGAGGCCGCCAAGGUGUUGAAGUUCAACUGUGAAGAGAACAAGCACAGCGAUAGCUGCUACAAACUGGGGGCCUAUUAUGUGACUGGAAAAGGUGGACUAACUCAGGACCUGAAAGCUGCCUCAAGCUGUUUUUUGAUGGCAUGUGAGAAGCCUGGAAAGAAGUCUGUGGAAGCAUGUCAUAAUGUUGGUCUCCUGGCACAUGAUGGACAGGUCAAUGAGGAUGGCCAGCCCGACCUGGGCAAGGCCAGGGACUACUACACAAGGGCCUGUGAUGGCAGCUAUGCCUCCAGCUGCUUCAAUCUUAGUGCCAUGUUCCUUCAGGGUGCCCCUGGCUUUCCCAAGGACAUGGGCCUGGCAUGUAAAUACUCUAUGAAAGCCUGUGACCUGGGCCAUGUUUGGGCCUGUGCCAAUGCUAGCCGCAUGUAUAGAAUGGGGGAUGGUGUUGAUAAGGAUGAGGCCAAGGCAGAGAUGCUAAAAAAUCGUGCCCGACAGCUGCACAAAGAGCAGCAGAAAAGUGUGCAGCCGUUAACAUUUGGGUAACGUGUCACACUCUCUCUCCCAGGCAACAAACAGCUUGAGGCUGGCGCCUUCUAUUUCUGAGACCUGAUGCAGCCCUUAAAGGUCAACCUGCUGGAGCAGGAAAACUUGUGACUUAAUAUUGUAGCUCUGGUUACAUAAAUCCAUUUGCUCCAGAGUGUCACCUACUGGGAUGUGGCCCAUAGUGAGUGUGUUCUGUCAGUAAUCCUUUAUGUGGCUGUAUUCUGUGAAGACUCCCACAUUUAUGGGGUCUUAAUAUUCAGACUUUUGGAGCUCUGUGAAAAAUGGGCACAAACUAGGGAGCCAUAAAGAUUUGUGUGAGGGAUUAGAGGGCCGAAUACCAGGAAGAUAAAAAUUAGCAGCCAAGGCAUGAAGAAUCAGCUGUCAUGACCACCACCACCACCACUAUCAUCAUCAUCAUUAUUUUAGUUGGGUGGGCCUUGAAAAUCAGAGUGUCUUGAUUUACAUAAUGGAGGUCUUAAGGAGCUAAGAACACUUAAGUAGUCACGACUGCCACCCUCUGACUUAUGUAAUCAUUGGUGUGGGCUUCCUUUUUGCCUUUAGAUUCAGAUCUUUCAAGAAAUUAAUAUAGAUCAGGAAAGCCAUGCAACAUGAAGAUUAAAGGCUCGUGUUGCUAAGAUGAAACGGAAACCUGCCUUCCCAUAGAGGAGACAUUCACAGCAUCCCAGGGCACUCACCUAGCAUAGCUCAUGCCAAGGGCAUACCCAGAGCCGUUCCACCUAGGAAUUCGUAAGCAAAGACUUUGUGACAUAUUUUGCCUACUGAUACUGAGCCUUUUUAACUGUUUCUGUGAAUAAACUAUUUUGUUUGA